AUGGGUUCGCUUGUGACUUUUAUCAGUGAAAACCGGAAGAAACGCCGAAGUGAGUCGGCGUUGAACAGUCCGACGGAACCGGAUGUUUCGUUAGCGGCUUCCAUAACGGAUCCGUUGGAAGCCCACACCCUCGAUGAAGCUAGGAGAACCAUCAGAGAUCUUCGUAUGAAAUACCGUGCGCAGGCGCAUCAGCUAUUAACAUGGCGUCGAGCGCAUCGUACUCAAGAGGAACUAGUCAAUCGUCUGCAAAUAGAGAAAGCCGAGCAGUUAAAAAUGCUAUCCGGCCAACUUCUUCUCUUCGAAUCUCGUCUGGUUCGUAAGCAGAAAGAGAUAACCAAUAUGCUUGCUCUUCGUGAAACCAUCAUCAUGAAACAGCAGAAAGUCAUCGAAUCCCUUCAAGCUAAACUUCUUGAUAAUGGUAUUGAUACCAUGCAACCCAUUCCGGAUUUUAGGGACAUGCUUCUUGAUUCGAACACAGGAGACUUUGACUCCCUAAACGAUUCCGAUUCCGCUGUAAUAAUGGAAGACGUGGAUUCCGAUUGUUGUAAUAUUUCAAACCUACCAAGGUUCCGUUCCAUGAACCCAGACAGCGUUACCGUCGUUCGAUCGAUCUCAGAUGCCAUAGAUCCAAACCUAAAAUACAACGCCAGGCGUUCCAACGGCUUUUUGCGUCGGCCGGAAAUUCUGGAAACCGUCUACAGUGUUGAGGAAGAAGCAGACAACGAAUCCACAAAGGCCCUAAGUGCUCAAAACAGCACAGAAAAGGAUUUAAAAGACGCGAACAAAACUGAUGAACAGAAAACGAAGGAAGGCAGUCUUCUUGCACAACGACGUGAUAACUUCCGCAUGAGAAGUAUAGUUCUUACUGCGGAGGUUAAAAGUAUAGAUAGUGAUAAGGAGAAACCUAAGCCUUCGGAUUCCUGGGCCUACACUUAUGUGCCAAAGAGGAUGAUGCCUGCAAAUGAAUCGGAUGAAGAAGUCUCCAAUGCUGAAACCGACGAAGAAGACCCAGAGCCUAAGUCAACGCAUGUAGUUACGUACAACAGAGUGAUGUCGAAUCAUAGGAAUGUAACGAAGCCGAAAGAUGUGAAAUACAAGAGGAUAAAUAAGGCGAAAUCUAAGAGCUUAGAAGAGUUGAGGGGGAGGUUAAAGAAUUGGGUGGACAAGGGGAGUAAAUUGUCGAAUAUUCCACUGGAGCAUGCUCAAAGUUAUGCUUGA